AUUGUUGUCGUGGGGUCACACUGAUCGUAAUUUUGGAUGUAUUAAGUUUAUUUGUGAUUCAUUCAUUCGGUUAAACAAAUUUAAAAUAAGUUGCGGACAACGAUAAAAGCAUACGCUUAUCUGCGUUUGUUGACCAAUAUCAUUCGCACAGACUCACACACAGAUUGUGCCCCAAGUAUUUGUUAUACACAUAGAGCUUUCAACUCUCUCUCAGUGAAAGAAUGGCAGCCGAGAUAAAACCAGCACAGCGCAGCAACAAUGACCGCUUUUUGUCGACUAAAAAGCCGGAAUUGCUCAGUAAACUUGAAGGCAGCGGGGACGAUGUAAAUGCAGCUAUUUUAAUACCUGGUGAAAAUGGUGUAAUUAGCGUUUCAGAUGAUAAAACUGUGCGUGUGUGGCUUAAACGCGAUUCCGGACAAUACUGGCCCAGUAUUUGUCAGUAUAUGCCCUCUGGCUGUACGGCAAUUGAAUAUGUUCAGGAGUUGCGACAAUUGUACGUUGGACAAGACAAUGGCACCGUUACCCAAUACACUCUCUCGGAGGACUGCAAUCGCUUAUCGUUCAUCCGCGAUUAUUUAUCGCAUCAGGGUCGAGUCGUGGCCGUUGUAUUUUCGAAAACCCAUAACUGGAUACUCUCUGCUGGCAAAGAUAAACAGUUUGCGUACCACUGUACGGAAUCGGGAACUCGAGUGGGCGGAUACAAUUUUGAGACACCAUGCACUGCUCUUCAGUUUGAUGCUUUGGCCAAAUACGCUUUUAUUGGAGAUCAUGCCGGUCAAAUAACGAUGCUACGUUGCGACACAUCGGGCGUGCAGCUAAUCACAACAUUCAAAGGGCAUACUGCUGGCAUUAGGUGCUUGCGAUGGGUUGAAGGUCCACAGUUAUUGUUCAGCGGUGCGUGCGAUCAAUCCGUAAUUGUGUGGGAUGUUGGUGGCAAACGAGGCACUAUCUACGAGUUGCAAGGACACAAUAACAAAGUCUCGGCGUUGGCAUAUGCAAACCACACACAACAAUUGAUUACUUGUGGCGAAGAUUCUGUGGUUGUUUUCUGGGAAAUGAACGCUAUGCGGAAGGAGGUGCCUGGCUGGGUGGAGUCCAAUAACUGUCAGCUCUGCUCUAGACCAUUUUUCUGGAACUUCCGAUCGAUGAUGGAUCAAAAGCAAUUGGGCAUUCGACAACAUCAUUGCCGUCACUGUGGCAAAGCUGUUUGCGACAAUUGUUCCACCAAUCGCAUCAAUAUACCAAUAAUGGGAUUUGAAUAUGAUGUCCGCUGCUGCGAUCCUUGCUACAAACAGCUACAGACUGUGGAGCGUCCUUCUUUGGCAUCCUUCCAUGAUGCCAAACAUUGCAUUGUGCAUAUGGAUUUGGACGAAGAGAGAAAACGUCUUUUGACUGUUGGACAGGAUCGACUUAUCAAAGUGUGGGAUUUGUCCACUAUUUGGGUGUAAUAUUAAUAUUACCAUGUUUACGCAAACUUGGCGUUUCAAUUUCUAAAAAAAAAAAAAAAUAACGAACUAUUUUGUUGUAUUGUAUGAAACGAAUUAUUAAAACCAAAUACGAGUAAAUAUGUAAGUAUUGAAGAAAAGCGACGGCAUGACAGCGCCGAGUUGGAGCACUUCUACAAUAUAAGCAAUGUUUAACAUAAAACGUAUAUAUAAUUAUUUAAUAUAUACACAUAAAGUAUGUAUGCAUAUGCAUAAGUUACAUUUUCAUCAGAUUGCUAUUGAUGUAAAACUAAAAUCCAUGGAUAUCAAUAAAAUCAAAUAUUGUCUGUAUUA